CCAUGGCUGAGCUGGAUAAAUAAUGUAAUGAGCCUGGGAUUGACUGGGAAGUGCUGUUUAUCCGUACGCGGGCUGUCAAUCAUUUCUCCGCCUGAGGACAGUGACGUGCUGAACGUGUUCCCGAAAUUUCUGGAAGGCGGCGCUGUGCCGAAUAACUCUUGUUUGUGACGAGGCUGUGGUAUGACGCCACUGGAUAACAGUGACAUCACAGGUUCCAGCCCUGUCCGGCUCCUUCCGCAACUCUACCCUGCAAUAUAAAAGGCGUGUGUCUCGAGGGUUGCGGCAGAUCAGAAACUGAGGUCGGCCACUUCACGCCAGUUGCCUUGCAGAGAGGUGACAGAAGAGGCAGAAACCAUGCGCAACCGCCGGCCUUCGCACCCUUCCUGCCUGUGCCAGCAGCCUGGGAACACACCGUGGCCUAGUCUAUUCACUCGCGUUGACCCAUUCGAACUUACCGCGUGGAAACGGGUCGAGCAAAUGCGAAAAGGCAUGAACUUCAUCGACAGAGCUGUCGAGGGGGUUGCCAAACAGUCCUGGAACGAAAGCGCAAUAAUUCAGAUGCCGGGAGCUGAUCAAGAGGGAGAUCAGGGCAGGUCAGUGGACAAGAGCGGAGAUGGCUUCUCUGUGUCCCUGGAUGUACCGCGAUUCUCCCCGGAAGAGCUGAAGGUGAAAGUCCUUGGAAGAAAAGUGCUGGUGACGGGAAAAUACGAGAAGAAGAGCGACGAUGGGAGCGGCUCUUACAGCUACAGACUUGAGGAGUUCAGGAGGGAAUUCCAGUUGCCAGAAGACGUCGAUGCUCAGGCUCUGGAAUGCUCUUUGACCCGGGACGGUCGCUUAAAGGUCCAAGCUCCGCGGCUGGUGUUGCCGGCUAUGGAUGAGCGAAAUAUCCCCAUCAACAUCGAACUCGAUACAACAUCCAGUCCCCGGUUAUAUCCCGGAGAAGGGGCACUGGAACCGGACAGUGGGGUGGUUGGCGAAAUCAGGCCAGAGGGAAAACAAGACUGAAGCUUCAUGUUCCGGUGCUCCGCAUUUCUCGCAGUUCACUGAGAGAAUGCCGACUGUACAACUGAACUUCAUGGGACCUUCUACAAUAUUAGCAAUGCAAAUCUCACGUUUUUCUCUGUACUUUUGAAUACUAUUUUCUGUUACAGAUAAACUUUAUUCUGAAUAUAAGUUUUAUCGGUGAAUUUUGAACUGAUGUGCGUAAAGUACAUUUCUUUGACAAAUGGUCCGUAUCGUGGCUGUUGCGUUAAUCUCUACUGAAAAAUAUAAACUGUUAUGUCAGUUUGUAAAAUUUCCAUUCUUAAUAUUCGAAACAUAAAUAUAU